UUGUCUCCGCUACGGUGGAACUGGAGGUUCUUGUCUCCGCUACGGUGGAACUGAACACGGUAGAUUUCUCCUAAAAAGGUUCUGGCAUAUGCUACGGUGGAGCCUCCUCCCGAACUGGCCGCAAGGUGCAGCACUAGUAUGGGGCACGCCAAAACGGCUCCAUGAGCACUCUCAGUUUCUCUCUGAUACAGAUAAGUGACCCGUGUGCGACCCGAGGCGACCCGUACGCUUACCUCGUCUUUAUCUCUGUAGUACGUACGUACGUGUAUAUACAUUCAGACUAUGUGACAUCGGAUGCAGUAGUGGGAGAGGUCCUUUACCAUGUUCAUUUUCGAACAUACAGCGACAUCUAGCGACGAUAAGAUCAGAACGGUCGACAGAGUUUAGCUAGGUGGCGCCAGUUUAUGGAAUUCUCACAUUCUAAGCGCGUAUCAGUUGGUAUCAGUCGUUCUGUCUUUACCAUUACGUUUCGUCAACAAUACGCGUCGUUUAGCUUAAUUUUUUAUUUACGAAGUGUUCGGACAUCUGUAUUCAACUGCAACUUAUACCUGCAGCGUUAUGUACUGUUCGAGUCUGCGAGCAGAACGCUACGUACUUGGUGUGUAGAUAUGUGAAUCGAGGUUACACUGGUUACAGUUCUCGGGAACUUCGGAAGACAGUCGAGUGACGUUCACUCGAAAAUUCGUUGCUCAUUAUAAAAGACGAGCCAUCAGGGACCCUUGCUCGAGUUCUAAAACAUGGCCGAUUACUGGAAGUCUCAGGGUCGCAAAUUCUGCGACUUCUGCAAGUGUUGGAUUGCCGAUAAUAAACCAAGCAUCAAUUUUCACGAGGGCGGUAAAAAGCACAAGGAAAAUGUUAGCAAACGGCUUAAGGAGAUACAUAAAACCAGCGCGAAACAGGCGAAGCAAAGUAGAAAGAUGGAGGAAGAUAUUAAAAAAAUGGAAAAUGCAGCCAUGGCCGCUUAUCUGAAAGACGUGGAGAACAACACGAGAGACAUGACGGCCGACAGAAUUAUUAAAGAAAAGAUGAGCCGACCGGAACCGAAGGAUACGUCGAACCCGAAUCGCGUACCACCGCCAGCUCCGGAGGCAUUACCUAGGUUCAAGGGUGAAAAUCAACAGGUGAGAGAUGGUCGGUCGACUUCGAUCGACUCGAGAAAGGUCGCUCGUUCGUUAACCGUUCGUUUGUUCGAGAGAGUUUUAAAAGAUGCGACUCCGUCGUUCCAGUUUGCCCAGGAGAUCGAUCCGUGCGACCCGAUUCAGCCGCGAAGCGCGACCGCGCGUCAAGGCAAAUUGCAGCAGCGAAGCGAAAACAAGGCUCAGGGGAAGGGCAAGGCGGGAAAAGGGAAAGGAAAAGGAAAAAAGAUCACGGAUGAAGAGCGGGCAACGAAACCUGUUCGAAAACUUUGGUACGAGGCUACCAGUCCCGAAGGGUACACGUACUACUGGCACAUCGAGACAAACGAGUCCGCAUGGUACCCGCCGGAAGGGGAAGGGUACAUGACGUUCGCGGAACAGGAGGAGGAGGUGAAAGAGCAAAUGAUUCAAGAGGAACUGCUGAAACAGCUGGAGGAAGAGAACGCGGUCGCGAACGCGGACAUCCUCGAAGAGAAGCGAGCAAACGCGGAGAGAGAGAAGCUGAAGGCUUUCAGGAAUGCGACCAACGCGCAGCUACCGAUGGCGGCUGACGAAGAUCAGGCGCAGAGACCGGAGACGGGGACCGAAGAAGUGGAAAUCCGACCCUACAGGAGGGAUUACAGCGUUCCCGUAAAAUCGCAUCCGCUCGGACCUUGGCAGACCGUUCGGAAGAUCGAGACGAAGCCAGUGGAUUUGCAACUACCGCGGCAAAAGCAGCUGCAGUUGCCUACCUUCGAGGAAGCGGAACCACCCGUGGUGCAGAGGACGUUCAAAGAAAAGACUGUUACGCGAAUCAAUGCGGACGACAGCGACGUCGACGACGACUACGGGAAACCAACCACGUUUAAAAAGCGAAGAAUUGGGAACAAGAGCGUACGCAAACGGUUGACGGAUGAGUGACAGUCGUAUGUUUAAGACCAUGUACCGUUUCCGUCGAGUACGGAUACCCAAAAACUUCGAGCAAUGGAGAGAAUACGUUCAACGAUGUUUUCAAACUAGUUCGGGUGACUCGGCUCUCUUUUCGAUGACGUUACUAGAAGAGAUGUACAGCUUUUCAGCUAACGGUCGCGAUAUUCCAUUGAGCCGAUCUAAAAUAACUUGUCGCGGUUCUCCCUUGGUCUCCGGGACGAGGAUGAAAAUGAAGAGGAGAGUAGCCGCGCAGAAUCCCCCUAAGAGGAAGAAGCAACCGUGCAUGCCGAUAGCGUCGACUAUGCUUGGGAAUAAUUUGACAACCAGAAACGCCAUCAGCCACAUGUAACACAUCGCUAUGGUCAUCAUCAAAUUCGAGAUAUCUCGGCUGAGUAUCUCGGAGGAGACGACGUACGGACCCGGUCCCAUACCCAGGCUAUAAGCGAUCAUGUAAAAGGACAAGGCCACGAUCGAGAUCCAACUGAACUGGCUCACGUCGUGUCCCAACGUCCUCAGAUAGCCGAACACCCCGAGUAUGCAGUGGCACGUGGACAUCAUGAAACAGGACGUCAACAUCAACGAUCUUCUGCCCGCUCUUUCCAUCAACGUGGUCGACAGAAACGAACCGCAAAGCUGAAUAAAGCCGACGAUGAUCGCCGAAUUGUUCGGCGAUAACGAACUCCCAGACGUCUCGAAGAUCGACUGCGUGUAGCUCAUCUGCGAAAGAAAAUGCGGAGUGUGAAGGAGGAACGUAAAGAGGAAGGUAAGUUCGACGAAGAACGAGCGAACGCAAGAACUCGGUUAUUUUGAUCUUCUUUACCACGGCGUUUAUUCCGGAUAAUUGUUGACUGCUGAACAAUCCCAGCGUAAUAACGAGUCCUUUGAUCGUUGCUCGGUCGCGGAACAGAUCCGACAGCUUGAUCGUCCGCCCCGUAAUGUUCUGUUCUUUCGCUUCUGUUUGCAAAUGCGACAAAGCUUGCUCGACCGUCGGUCUGUGACUGCCUCUCAGCCACAUCAGUGAUCUGCAAGAGAGAUCUCGCCGUUAGAGAAAGAUCCACGCCCAAGGAACGCUUUCAUCGCUUACUUGGUCGCUUCGUUGAUUCGGUUCCGUCGCACCAGAUGGACGGGUGAUUCCGGUACGAAAACGAAAAGAGCGAUGUAGAACAGCGGGAACAAGAAUGCGACGAUCGCGCAUACGCGGUAAGAGAGCAGUGCGCCGAGUAUGUACCCGAGAAGAACGCCACCGUUCAAUAGGAAUACCAUCAGACUGCCCAGCAUCCCGCGUAUCCCGUCGCUCGCGAUUUCAGACACGUACAUCGGUAUCAGGAACAAGACCAUACCGCCGGAUAUCCCCGAGAAGAAUCGCGCGACGAACAGGUGCCACUGUUCCGUUGCGAAAAUGGUAAACAGCCAACACAAGCAGAGAGGCAGACCCAUGAGACAUGCGGUUAAUUUACGGCCGAGCAUGUUCGCCGAAAAGCCGACCAUCGAACUCGUUGCGGCCGCCGUCAGACACAUUAUCCCGGUCAACCAGGAUGCAGCUUCAUCCGUCAUCGGUCCGCCAUUAAUCGGCGAGUCCUUGCCCUGUAGUUGUGGUAACGUCGACGAUGGCCAGCUUAUCAUUAUCCCGAAUGACAGCGACGACAGAUUAGCUGAUAACGCGACGAACGAACCGUUAUUAGAAUUCUUUCUCUCGCCCCUUGUUCUUCUCUCGGUAAUCAAACUUACCGAUCAGUGAAAUGAGAAACUGCCGGAGCUUGCCAGGCUCGAAGGCAUCGUCCUUUUUAGACAUCGUCGUCCUUUUCUUUUUUCUGCUGCACGUAUUAUUUCCGUCCGUACGACCGAUACGGAUUAUCGAUUUUAUUUCGUUGUCCGCGCACACGGCUGUACGACUAUCAUAACUUCAAAAUUUCGUUCAAUUUAUACCGAUCGUUUGGUAAUCAUCUCGCUACCGAAUCAUACUCGUCGCAUUAUUUGCAUAUCUUGUCUACCUCCCUUUCUGUAUGCGCUAGACAAAUAGCUGUGCGUUCGCACCUAAUUUUAUCGGCGUCGACAUUCUCGCUCCUUCUCUCCCUCCUCCUCCUCUUCUUCCCCUUUAUCUUUCUCAUCUCCCUCUUGUCCCUUAAUUGUCGUUUUUUAAAAUUAUCGAUUUAGUAAUAUUUUUCACACGUUCCAUGAAUCUAUGAUUUCCAUCUCAGGAUACGCGAAUUACCUCUCUUACCUAACUUUCAAAUGCAUUAUUUUCGAACAGAUUUCUAAGAGCGCUAUCGCUUUCACAUUGUACUAUGAUUUACUAUCGGAUCUAUAUACUGAUUUCCAUCUUGGGGAUAAUUUACAAUCUCGCGACACCGUACCGACAUUUUCAAGCAAUUAAUUUAUUUUGUUUACAUACGCGCAUAACGUAUUAUACGCUGUUAACCAGAGAUUUCGAAAUUGUAAUGUUGUACGGAUAAAAUCGAGUAUCAUUGCGCGAUCGCACGUAAUCGUACUACUAUACAUUUCGAUCGUUUCUUUUAAAUAUCGAACGUACUGUGAUGCCCGAUUGAUUCAACUCCUCGAAAUUGAAUGCAGGAUGUAUCACUCAACUUUUGCAAUUAAAGAUCGACAGAAAACAGAA